CUUUCAUAGUUUCUGUAACCAUUAGGAUAAAAUAUGGAGAGUUAGAUUGGAUUGGUUGUUGAUUUGGAUGAACCUUUCGUUUCCUCUCUGGGUUUAUCGUUUUUCUGCUUUUCAAUGGAAAGCAUGGACUAUUACCUUGCUCUCUUGCUCGUCGUUUUCUUGCUUAAAAAAAUCUUGUUCCAUCGGAAGCAAAAUUUACCUCCCGGUCCACUUGCUCUUCCAGUUCUUGGGCACCUCCACCUCAUCCGGAAGCCACUUCCUUUGGCGCUACAGACUCUCCUGUCACAAUACGGUCCAAUUCUAUCCCUAAAAUUUGGUUCCCGAUCUGUUAUUGUAGUUUCUUCACCAUCCGCAGUUGAAGAAUGCUUAACCAAGAAUGAUAUAAUAUUUGCAAACCGACCCCAGUCCAUGGCUGGGGAUCAUUUCACCUACAACUAUUCUGCCUUUGUUUGGGCACCUUACGGUGAUUUUUGGCGGAUCCUACGGCGACUCACUGUUGUUGAAGUCUUCUGUUCGAAGAGCCUCCAGAAAACUUCUGCCAUCCGUGAGGAUGAAGUUGGUAUGCUACUCUGCCGACUGUUUAGGGUCUCAGCUAGUGGCAAGCGAAAGGUGGAUUUGAAGUUUCUAUUUUCUCUUCUAACCUGCAAUGUGAUGAUGAGAAUGACCGUCGGAAAACGUUGUGUGGAAGUGGAGACUGAGGAUUCAGAGUUGGAGAAGCAAUUAUUUCAAGAAUUCAAGGAGACGUUCUUUCCAAGCCUCUCCUUGAAUAUCUGUGAUUUUAUCCCAGUCUUGAGGAUGAUUGGUUUCAAAGGGAUAGAGAAGAGCAUGAUAAAGAUGAAUAACAUGAGAGAUAAAUUUUUGCAAAAUUUGUUAGACGAAGUUAAACUAAAGAGAAUCAAUUCCAAAACAUCAGAUGAGGAAGAGAAAAGGUCUCUGGUUGAAACUCUACUGUCCCUGCAAGAAUUAGAACCUGAAUUUUACACAGACGAAGUUAUCAAAAGUAUUAUGGUGAUGAUGUUCAUCGCCGGAGCAGAAACAUCAGCAGUCACUUUGGAAUGGGUAAUGUCACUCCUCUUGGAUAAUCCAGACGCAUUACAGAGAGUGAAAGCAGAGAUUGAUCACCAUGUUGGACAUGGGCAAUUGCUGAAUGAUUUGGAUCUUGUCAAGCUUCCCUACCUCCGGUGUGUCAUAAAUGAGACACUUAGAUUAUAUCCUGCAGGACCCCUUAUGUUACCUCAUUUGUCAUCUGAAAGUUGCACAGUCGGAGAAUUUGAGAUCCCAAGGGACACAAUACUGUUGGUGAAUGUUUGGGCGAUGCAUAGGGACCCCAAAGUUUGGGAGGAUCCCAAUGAGUUCAAGCCUGAAAGAUUUGAGGGACAUUUAGGGGAACAACAUGGCUUCAAGUAUAUUCCUUUUGGUGCAGGGAGGAGAGCAUGUCCCGGUGCUGGCAUGGGCAUGCGCAUGGUUUCAUUGGCAUUGGGUGUGCUUAUUCAGUGCUUUGAAUGGGAAAAGGAUGGGUUAGAGAAAGUGGACAUGAGCUACAAUUAUAGAAUCUCGCUUUCUAAGGCUAAGCCCUUGGUUGCUUUGUGCAGUCCACGCCAAGAGUCGGUUGAACUUCUCUCCCAACUUUAGACCCUUUGGACUUGAAGUUCCCUCCCUGUUCAUUUUGAGAUUGUAAUAGCACUGUUUGAUGUGAAGAAUCCACUAUUUCUGCAAUAAUUAAAGAUGAUACUUGCUGAGUGAGAAUAUGAAACCUUGUAAUUUUUCAGAA